AUGCAUCGUGAUGAAGCUUCAUCUUCAUCUUUAACAACGAUUUCUAACGCAACUACUGAUGAGAACAUGUCCGAAUUUUCUCCUCGUUCAUAUCAAACAGAAAUUAUGGAACAAGCUAAAACAGAAAACUUAAUCGUUUGUCUACCAACUGGUAGUGGAAAAACAUAUAUUGCCAUUAUGCUUAUUAAAGAGUUGUCACCUGCUCUUCAACGAAAUCCUAAUGAUGGCGGAAAACGAACUAUUCUGCUUGUUAAAACUAUUGAACUUGCUCGACAACAUUGCAAAACUUUAGGUGAUCAUUUAGAUUUGAAAAUUAAAAUGUAUUGUGGUUCAUUAAAAAUCAGUCUAAGCGAUACCAAUCGAUGGAAUACAGAAUUUGAAACUAAUCAAAUAUUAAUCUUUACUGUACAAAUAUUUCUUAAUUUACUUGAUCAUAAUCAUUUUUAUAAAGUUAAUUUAUUAAUAUUUGAUGAAUGUCAUCAUGCAAUAGGUGAUGAUCCUUAUGCUUUAAUCAUGAAAAAACAUUAUAAAUUAUGUUUACAUCAUCCACGUAUACUUGGUUUAACAGCAUCAAUUAGUGGACAAAAAAUCGAACCAAAAGACUUACGAAAUGCUGCAAGAGAACUUGAAAAUAUUUAUGAUGCUCGUAUUGAGACUGGUUCGAAUCGAAUAGAAAUAACUGAAAAUAGUACAUCAGUCGACGUUAAACAUCAACGUUGUGUUAAUUAUGAACAAAAUAUUUGUAAAAAAAAAAAGGAAAUUAUGAAUAUUUUUCAAGAAAUUAAAUUAUUACUUGAUGAACUUACUAAAUAUUUAAACAAAAAGAAAUGUUCAGUUAUAUUUGAAGAUGGUCUUUUACAAAAAAAUAAUCAAUCAAAUUUUAUUCAAUUGCAAUGUCGAACUUUAGAUCAACUUAAAUGUCAUCUUGAUAAUAUAAUACAUAUUGGUUAUGAUCUUGGUCUAUGUGGACUUUUGUUAGGAAUAACGUCAUUAAAAUGUUAUCUUGAAUCAAAAAAUGCAUCAAUAAAAAUAACUGAUAAAGAAGCAAAAGAUUUAUAUGAAAAGAUAAUUAAAAGUCUUGAUUUUUUAAUCAAUAAUAAAUUUAAUAAUUUACCUGAAAAUCGUCAAAUUCUUUAUAGUGAUAAAGUGAUUAAAUUAGAAGAAAUUAUAAAACACAAUAAUCUUGGUCAAUGUAUUGUGUUUGUUGAACGAGUACAUACAGCAGCAUUUUUAUGUCAAGUCUUAGGAAAAAUCUUUGGCGAUUGUAUUAAAAUAAAAUAUCUUGCUGGUUCAAAAGCUUAUAUUGAUGGAAUAAGCGUUUCAAAAAAAUAUCAACGUGAAGUAGUGGAAGAAUUUCGUCACAAACAUAUUAAUGUUUUAAUAUCAACAGCAAUCGUUGAAGAAGGUUUGGAUAUUCCAGGAUGCAAUCUUGUUAUUCGUUUUAAUAAACCAAAGAAUUUUUCAUCAUAUAUGCAAUCAAAAGGACGUGCAAGAGCACGGAAAGAAAAAGCAUUAUUUGUUCUUUUCAGAGAUGAAUCUAAUCCUGAAGAAUAUUCAUUGAAUAAAGAAGAAUAUCAAAAUUAUGAAUUUAUGGAAAAAAUGUUGAAACAAAACUUUCAAGUUGAUUAUGAUAGUGAUAGUUCUUCUAAUGAUAAUUGUAAUGCAUUAAGACCUUAUCGAACUGAAAAUGGAGUAAAAAUUCAUGGCAUACGUUCAAUACAAAUUAUCAAUCAAUAUUGUGCUGUGCUUGGUAAUAGUGGAAUUUUAUCACCACGAUUUUGUUUUUAUACAAAUAAAAAUAAUAAAUUUAAAUGUAUUUUAUCAAUGCCAGCAAAUUGUCCUAUACGAGAAGAUAUUAUUUGUGAAAAUAGUAAUAAAAGAUUAGCUAAACAAGAAUGCUGUUUGAAAAUGGUUGAAAUGCUUCAUAAGAAAGGUGAACUUGAUCAAAGUUGUCUACCAAUUCGUCCUGAUCAAUGUUCAAUAACUGAUCAUGAUGAUGAUGAUAAUGAGACUGAAAAAGUACCGUUUGAAAUUAUUGAAAAGCAGGUAUCUAAUUAUGAUUCAAAUUUCAAUAUGAAACUAAAUUUGUUUUUACCACUAUUUAAUUUGUAUGGACGUAAUGGUGUAUUAACUAUAAAAGUUACAUAUUUGAAACCGAUUGAUUUAGAACAAUAUAAAAAUCAACUGAAAAUUUUUUGUCGAUAUAUUUUUGAAGAAAUUUUUGAUGGUAUGAAUACAGGAUUAGAAUCGAUAUUGAAAUUUGAUAUGGAACAUUCUACUUUUAAACUAUUUCCAUGUCUUUUGAAAAAAUCUGAUGACAUUGAUUAUCAACGAAUGAUGAAAAUAUGCGAUAGAAAAAAUAAGUUUGUUCAAGAUUCAUCUGAAUUAAAUGAUAAUGAACUGUAUUAUCCUUUGCAUUUGUCAAAAAAACAACUUUAUACGAAUAUCUCUGAUGUUUCUCUUUUGAAACGAGUAGUAGAUAAAUGGGAACAUAAAAGACCACUAGAAACCACUGAAAGUUAUGUUGAUUAUUUCGAACAUAAAGUACCAAAUAUUCAUAUUCAACGAGAUCGUUUCAUGGCUACAAUGAAAACUUUCCGGAAACCGAGAAUAAAUUAUUUGAAAGAUUCUCCAUUAAAGAAAGAGAAAGAACAGAAUAGUUUAAUAAUUACUCAAAAUUGCUAUUAUCCUAUUGAAGUUCUUUGUUAUGCUCCUCUUAAUCAAACAGAUUUUGAAUUAUUUUUUAUAUUACCAAGUAUUCUUGUUCGUAUUUCACAAUUAUAUUACAUAGAACAAUUGAGAAAAUUAUUAGCGGAUAACAUUCAAUCUUAUUCGUUGCUCGAUGUUGAACAUAUACCAAUUGUUACUUUUGACGAUUGUCUUACUAAUAUACUUUCAUUAAUUCCACCGAUUGUAUUACCACUGAUUUCUCUUAAUUAUGAUUUUUCAUUAGAAAAUAAUAGUCAACUUCAACCAUCAUCUAAUUUAAUAUUUCAAUCAAUUACUCGACGUUCAACAAAUGAAAAUACUGAUAUGGAAAAUUUAGAAAUACUUGGUGAUUGUUUUCUUAAACUAGCAAUAUCUAUGUCAUUAUAUCAUCAAUAUCCAUUCGAUUGUUCUGGUAAAUUAACAUCAAAAAAAGAUAAACAAGUAUCCAAUGAAAAUCUUUAUCGAUUAGCUAAGAAAAAAGAAUUAAUAAAUUAUUUAUAUGUUGAUAAAGUAAUUUAUGAAGGUGAAGAAGCUAAUUGGAUACCGCCUGUCUUUCUUUUCAGAGCUCAAGAUGUUAAUAUAAAAGUGUUCGAAAGUAAUGAAAAAAAGCUCGGUACAUGCCUAGUAGGUAGUAUUCUUCAAAAUUUAGUUCAUGUUAUGUAUGAAAAUGAACAAUUAACAUUAAUAAAUCAUGAACUUGUUGAAUUAUUUACUGAAGAUUUAGAAAGUCAUUUUAAUAAAACAACAGGUGAAAUCGAUACGAUAACAACAAUACUUUCAACAUCACUUAAAUUAUAA